AAAUCAAAUGCUUAGCAAACUUGUUGAGCCUGGUAAUUUGUAAUGAGUUUUCCUCUCAUCUUUUCUAGGAUUAGAAUUUAACUUGAGGUUGAAGUCAUUCCACAUGGCGUCGGCAACAUCUCUUGUCUUGGGGAUUGUGCACAUUCUGUUCCUCAUAGGUCGAACGGAAGGUGUAUUCUGCGCUUCAGGCCAGAUAAGGUGCAGAUCGAGGAACCAGUGUGUGAGUCUAGGAGACGUCUGCAGAAGUGGCAGCCAGUGUGCGGAUGGAUCUGAUGAGGAUACUCAGAUAUGCUCGGUGUGGAUAUCUGACUCACGCUGUAGCCAUGGCGAAUAUUAUUGCGCAAAACCACCCUACUAUGGACGAUGUCUUAGCCAUGCAGAGUUUUGUACCAGCUGUCCUGAGGAAGACAUAGGAAUGUGUGAUUUGCUGGCGAAUAAUAUUCUUAAACUAGACGAGGAAGAGACGGAAGAGACGGGACUAAGUCUCACCAAGGAGUUAGUGAGUCUAAUGCAGAAGGCCGUCAACGCCACCACCAACGUUUCGACUUCCUGUCCCAUGUUCUACAGUCCCGUAGGGGACGCCUGUCUAUCCUUCUUCACCCCAGCAAAGGUUCCAUGGCCAGAGGCAAGACAGUUUUGCCUGUCAAUAGGCGGAGACCUUGCAGCCAUCAAGGGCUUUGUCGAUCAUGAUAAACUCUUGGGGUAUAUGCAGAAGGCUCAUCUAACUACUGAUUUCUGGAUUGGUGGUCGGUUUGACGUCGAUACAAAUUCGUGGUCUUGGGUGCUCGACGACACCCCCUUGCCCCUUGGGGCCCCCUUCUGGGCUGCGAGGUACAAUUCCUCCUGCGUCCCUCGCUCCCCUCCUCACACGGAUCCUUUCAGUCCAGCACCAAAAGCCCUGCCAAAGGCCCCUUGCUUCAAUUACGUUCUGGCACCUGCGCACCGAUCCUCAGGAUGGUGUGCAGCCAUGACCUACGAACACUACUACUACUACACUGACGAAGAGUGCCAAGAAAACAGAAGCCCCCUCUGCCUCUUCACAGGGAGGCCGCGUCAGGAGCAAGUUGAUACAUCAUUAACUGACUAAGAUUCUCCAGCAGGCGGUGGGAAGAUCGUCGACACGCCAGUCUUACUAACGGUGGCUCACGUUGUCUUUCGUGUCUUCUCUCUCUCUCUCUCUCUCUCUCUCGUAAUAAUGAGCAGAUGAACCAUAGUCUACUCGUAAGACAUCAUCUUGUGGAAUUUCAUAUUAUUUGUUCCGGAUAGUAUAAUCAAAGAUUGAAGAUAUACACAUUUCUUAUAAAAUAUUACACUAUACUGUUAAGGAAUAAUGACAUUCACUCCUGUUAUCUUGUUUUAACAAAA